AAUGAGGUGGCAAUGCUUCUCAAGCCAAUAUCGGAGAAGAUUCAGGAAAUCCAGAACUUCAGAGAAAGGAACAGAGGAAGUGAAAUGUUCAACCACCUCUCAGCCGUCAGUGAAAGCAUACCUGCCCUUGGGUGGAUAGCAGUGUCUCCUAAACCAGGCCCUUAUGUCAAGGAGAUGAAUGAUGCUGCUACCUUUUAUACUAACAGGGUAUUAAAGGACUACAAGCACAGUGAUGAGCGCCAUGUUGAUUGGGUGAAGUCAUAUUUGAACAUCUGGUCUGAGCUUCAAGCUUAUAUCAAAGAGCAUCAUACCACAGGUCUCACCUGGAGUAAAACUGGUCCUGUUGCAUCACCUAUGUCCAUGCGAUCUGUCCUAACCAGCGGGUCCUGCCUCUCCCCACCACCGCCGCCACCGCCACCACCUGGACCUCCCCCCAUCUUUGAGACAGAAACCAUAAAGGAUGAAGGAACUGCAUCUCGCUCAGCCCUAUUUGCACAGCUUAACCAGGGAGAGGCAAUUACCAAAGGGCUUCGACACGUCUCUGAUGACCAGAAGACUCACAAGAACCCCAGCCUACGUGCCCAGUGUCCGGCUGUCCGUUCCCCGACAAAAAGCCAUACUCCAAGUCCUACCUCUCCCAAGAAUUCCCCGCAGCAGAGCCAUGCCCCUGUCCUGGAACUGGAGGGGAAGAAGUGGAGAGUGGAAUAUCAAGAGGAUAAGAAUGACCUGGUCAUUAACAACACUGAACUCAAGCAAGUGGCCUACAUUUUUAAGUGUAACAAGUCUACACUUCAGAUAAAAGGAAAAAUCAAUUCAAUUACUAUUGACAACUGUAAAAAGUUUGGCCUUGUGUUUGACAACGUUGUGGGAAUCGUGGAAGUGAUCAAUUCCAGGGAUAUUCAGAUUCAGGUGAUGGGGAAAGUGCCAACCAUUUCUAUUAACAAAACAGAAGGCUGCCACAUCUACUUCAGUGAGGAAUCAUUAGAUUGUGAGAUUGUGAGUGCCAAAUCAUCCGAGAUGAACAUCCUCAUCCCCCAAGAUGGUGAUUAUAAAGAAUUUCCGGUUCCUGAACAGUUCAAGACAGCAUGGGAUGGAUCUAAGUUGGUCACUGAACCUGCAGAGAUUGUGGGUUAACUUCCUAAUGCCAUACAGCACUUGCUGACUGUGACCAGCCCGCGGCCAGCGUAAACAGCGCAGUAAUGUAAAGAACUAGAAGUAGCAGUGGUCGAUACUGCUGUGAUAGGCCUUCAAGCAUUAGCUCUGCAUGCUAGAAACAAUUACACAUCUGGCACGCUUUUGUUAGGCAUCCCCGUAUUUUUCACGUUUCCACAGUUUGCCUUCACAUACAGUUUUAAUUCUGAACGAUGUCAUGUGAAUGUAAUGGAUUAAAACCCCCACCCUGCAGUCACAGCAUUGGUUUGAAAUACUGUAUACAUUAAGCCAAAAUACUGCAUGAUAUACUUUGUUAUCAUCUUGCUUCAGUGCAUUCCUUUUUCUGUUUCUGCUAAUCAAAAACAGCAUUAAGGCUUUAAGAUGUUUAUUUUUACCUGUGAAGCAAGUCCCGUAUGAUGCAGUAAAAAUGUACCCCUAGAAAGUAUGCAGUUCCUUGUAGUUCUGUGGCAAUCAUGAUGGGGUUUGUUUUAAACAAGCAAAAAA